AUGUUGGCGGCUGGUUCAAGCCAAAGGAUGAAUCGGUCCGCGAACCAGAAUAACGGAAACUCCAAUGAAUCAAGACGAGGUGGUCGAAAAAAAAUGCUUUCACGAAAUAAUCAGAACGGAACAAGCACAGGCUCUCGUCCAAAGAGUGGCACAUCUACAAACUCUGCUGGCAAGCAAGGAAACAAUGGCAACACAUCGCAAAAUUUCCAUGCGAAAGGCAGAGGAUCCUCUCAAAAAGCGCCCAACAACAGGCGACAAAAGACACAAACUCAAGAGACCCAAACAGGUACGAAUUUCCUAGACUCACCUUUAUCAAGAGGGGCUGUUUCAGCAGUUGUAGAUGGCCCUUCACAAAAUUUUACUACCAAUGAAGUCGCACAAGUUGGUGCUGUUUUCGAAGACCCGAGUAAGUUGGGUUUCAUGAAGAGCCAGCAAAAAAAGAAAUCCAGGGCAACGCCACGUUAUAUGUUGAGCCAACCUCGACUAUUGGUUACGCCGCCUUUUCACCAGGACCCAUGGGACUUUGAGAAUCAAGCUAAGAUGACCGAUAUUGAGGCCAAAAAUAACGGAUCAGACUACCAAGGCAUCUAUGAGGAGUUCCAAAAAAUGAGAGAGGUGGAGAGAAAAAAAAUGGAAGAACUAGGAUUAGUUGAUGCUGAAAACACCAGAAAGGAUUUGAAUGAUGCCAUCUAUUUCCAGGGUACGUGCUUGGACAUGUGCCCAGUUUUUGAACGGACAAGAAGAGCAUUGGAAAACAAUGUAAAAACGCUAGAAAAAGACCCUACAACGAACAAAAUAUCUCGUGAGAGAGCAGUAAAGGCUUUUUCUAGACCUGCCGCUGGUCAGCCUCCUCCAAUGCCCUCAGAUGUGAGGCCUCCCCAUGUUCUAAUGAAAACUUUGGAUUACAUUGUGGACAACUUUGUGGACCAACUUCCUGAAGCGCAUUCCUUUAUCUGGGAUAGAACUCGCUCGAUCAGACAAGAUUUUAUUUAUCAGAAUUUUUACGGACUGGAAGCCAUUGACUGCAAUGAGAGAAUUGUCAGAAUUCAUUUAGUGUCUUUACACGUUAUGGCUGGAAGCGAUGUUGAGUACUCUCAGCAACAGGAGUUAGAACAAUUCAAUAAAGCAUUACAAACGUUGACAGAGAUCUACCAGGAUGUGAGGAAUAAUGGAGGACAAUGUCCCAACGAGGCAGAAUUUAGAGCUUAUCAUUUGAUAAGUCACUUUCGUGACCCAGAGCUAGAAAGGGAGAUACAAGGUCUUCCAGAUCACAUUUUCAGAGAUCACCAUGUGCAACUUGCUCUUCGCUUUCGGUAUUUAAUGGCACAAAAGAAUGUGGUUGAAAGAGGAUAUACGAACACAAUUGGACCAAUGGAUUUAUUUGUGGAAUUUUUUAGACUCGCCUUCAGCGAGGAAACGUCCUUUCUUUUAGCCUGCUUAUUGGAGACACACUUCAAUGAAAUCAGAUUUUAUGCGUUGAAAUCCAUGUCACGUUCAUAUCACACGAAGGGGAAACCCAUGAUUGCUACUGCUCUUCAAAAAAUGCUCGGUUUUGACACUAUUGAUCAACUAAUAAGUUUUGUCUCGUAUUAUGAGGUGGACAUUAUUAACGACAAUGGAACAGUGCUCGUUGAUCUUUUCAACAAAGAGAAGUUGGAGUCCAAAUACAAGCUCAGUAGUUUGAACGAUAAGCCAAAGUUGUCUCAGGCAUUCUCAAACCAGCUCAACUACAAGAUGAGAGGUACCCUCAAGAGUUUCAUUAACUCUGGCAAGUCUAAUGAGAACCUUAAUUUAAAGAAUGCUCCUGGACUGGAAGUUUUGCAAAGCAAUUCACGCAAACCCUCUUCAAUUAAAAGCCAAGUUCCAUCUUUUGUGCCAUCUAACGCAAAUGGGCCACUCACAGGGCACUCAGUCACAUCCGCAUUUGCAGCUAAUAAUCUUCAAUCUUCCGUUCAACUUGAAAAUGGAAAAUCUCUCGGGUUUGGGCAAAAGGAAGGAUUUUCACAACAACCGAUAUCCAAUACUUUGAAAGAGCCGUCCAUUUCAAACGAGCAAAAGAGCGGUACAUCGUUCAACAUUUCAGACUUUUUGAGCAAUCAGAAUACUUCUCUAGGAUUCAGCUCUACUGACUCUAAGACGAUGCUCUCGAAACCUAAUGAACAUCCUAAUGAAGCUACUCGACUGAACAAAUCAAACCUCAGUUUUCAGGCACCGAAGAUGAGCGAUAAAUCGUUGAGAAGCAAGGGCAAAGAAGAGGAACCGUCUCAAUCUUUCCUGAUGGAUCAAAACAAUUUCAGUCCAACGAUUACACCUAGUGUGUCCCGAUCACUCAAGACACCCGUUUUUCUGAAUCCAAAGAAGGAACAACAUAAACCUUCAAUCGCUAAUACAAAUGAAUUUACUGGUUUGGCUGCUCCACCGAAGCAAAAUAGAAUGAAAUCAACAGAUAGUCCAACCUUACUGAUCAAUCCUAAUCCGCCAGCCCAAACCAUAGCAAAUAAGAUAGACACCAAAGGAAUAGCUGAGCAAAUUUAUGGGCAGAUUGAGAAUUCGGUUUUAGACGAAGAACUUGCAAAAUUAUUAGGUCGUCUAAUUAAGCAUAGAAACAGGUUGGAAGAGAGAAAUCAAAUAAUUGAAUCUUUCACUUCUGAGUUAUAUUCUGCCUUUGUGUCUGAGCUCACACAUCAGUCUACUCUUACCAUACUUGCGGAUGAGUAUUGUAAGAGGAUCACACUUAAGCAUGCAUUUUCCAAUUGGCAAAAGAGGCUCAGUGAGAAGAUGGCUAGAAAAGAGGCAAAAAAACGAAGGCUCCAAGAAUUGCGAUCUAUUGAGUUUAGCAGGCCAACUCUCAAAAGAAGGAGCCUAACCCCGGAUAUAAAUCAGCCAUUCACAAAACGUUCUAGCCCAUCGCUUUCUCAAAAUACCAGCUUUGAGUACAUGCAAGAGAAGCAGAAUAAAAUAUCGAAGUUGUGGCAACCUUUGAACGUCAAAAAGUUUGUUGAUUUACUCUCCCAUGGGUUUGAGAAUCACUUUAACAAGGAGAAAGAAAUACUUAAAUGUUUGUUCAUCGUUGAGGAUUGGUCUUCUCCUUACUCAAAGUGGUUGAACACCAAGUUUUCUCUAAAACUUAGUGAUGAUAGGACACACUAUUCCAACCGUGUUGAAUCGGAACAUUUUGGAAUGGAUUUCGAAAGUUUGCCUAAGAAUCCACGUCUGCUAGAGAAUUCAAUCAGGAAUGUCUGUUUAAUUGUUUUCGAAUGUGGUAUGGUGACUCCGAGUGCACCAUACGGAUCUACUGAAGAGAAGUUGAUCAGGGAUAGUAAAACGUUUCAAAAACUUGUCCAGAUCUGCGACAGAUACUGUUUGUUCAAGGUGCAAUUUCUAGUUCUAUUUUGGGACACUUGCAAGUCCAAUCUACGUAAGGAAAAAGUUGAAGAAAUCUUGAAGGUGAAGGAAAUCACUGACGCAGAUAAUUCUGUCGAGAAUAUUUGCAUUUGUGACAUGUCAAAUGUGAAUACGAAUGUUGCGGAGACUUUGGAUGUUGGGUUUCAACGUUUGUGUCAAAACUUUACGGCCACGUUGACUACUAGAGGGGGGAAGUUCAGGAUGAAACAACUUCAAUUAAGGAGAGAACGAAUGGGUGAUGAUAAUGAUCUUUCGGUGCAACCAGAGGUUUCCCGAACGAUAUCAAGCCACUUAAAGACUAAAGAAGAAGAGCUUGCUCGCAAAGGUCGGGAGUUAGAAAAGAGAAAAUAUUUGGCCAAGCAUAUUGUUACUGGUAACUCCGAUCAUAUUGACUUGUCCAAUGCUUCAUUCAACAAUUCGGUUUUCAAAACACCGAACGGUUCUUUUCUUAAUAACAGCGUUAUCAACCUCAAUACCUCGUUUUUCAAGAACAACACUACUCUUCCCCACAGGGACAAUUCCUAUUUUGGCUCCUUCGCCAAUGGUAGCAUAUUAGAGGAGAGUACACCUUUUGCUUCGCCGGGACCCAAAUUUACGAAACCGCUACUUCCGAAAAAAGUACAAGAACUCAAGGAACUCUCAGCAGCUAUCAAGGCCAAGUACAGAAAGUAG